AUGGACUAUCUACAUUCUCUGAUUAACGAGGGCGAGCAAAAAUCACAUUUCACGGACUGUGGAUCUCUACGAAGCUCGACAUCAAGAACCAGUAGUUCAAUAGCCCGGAAGCAGGCCAAAGCUGAGGCUGCUAAAGCAAAAGCUCUGUAUGCACAACGUGAGGCGGCCCUCAGGAAGCAAAGGUCACAAUUCGAAGAAGAGCAAUCGAUCGCCCAAGCGUCAAUGGAAAGGCGCAAAGCAGACUUAGAAGCAGAUCUACAACUGUUGUCCGAAGAGAAAGAAGCAGCAGCUGCAGUGGCAGAAGCAGAUUCUUUUGAGGACAUAAUCAAUUCUGAUUCUCCGACCUCGCCCACUAUACGACAACUGCCAUUACCAACUAUAUGCAGGAAUUCCAAGCAGAGACGUUGUCUGCUACCUCAAUUUGUGCCGCCGUCUAUGUACCCGCAUGUGCCGCACCCUAUGCAGGGAUCUCGAUUUGAGCCUGCAACAGUGUUCUCACCCGCACAACAACCUGCGAUGCCAUCAAUGUUUGACUCGCCAUCUUUUCCUCCACCAAGCAAAAAUACUGUGAUUGACUUUACUCAAUUCCUGUUGAAGAAAGAUUUAUUGUUGUCACGGUUAUAUAAAUAUGAUGAUCUUCCUGAAAACUACCUCAUGUGGAGUUCUAGCUUUCGAAAUAUAGCUUUGGAAUUAAAUGUUAAACCCGCAGAAGAGCUGGAUUUACUUGUCAAAUGGUCAAGUCGUGACGUCAGGUAG